CAGCUGAAAGAACACUGUUAAACCAUACACAGACAGAGAGUCAAGGGUAUACAGUAUAUAGCACUGAAGAAAGAAACAAGGAGACAGAAAGAAGGACAUGAUAAAAGGGUGGCACGGGUGGCACUUCAGCUCCUAACUAACUCAGCCCUUAUGCCGACUUAAAGGCAUAAAGGAAUUCUAGACAAGCCCCAUCCCAUCUCGAUCAAGAGGACUGACUUAGUGUCUCAGUGCAGGGAGCGAAACCCAACCGGAUAAUGCUCUCAUGGGUAGAUGAAUGAAAAAAAUGUUGAUCGAAUGAAUGCUGGAGAAGGGAGUCAGUGGUUCAUUUUCUCAUGAGAUCAAGUGAAACGGGCAUUAAUGUUUGAUUUGGAUCACUGAUGGAUUCGUGGAGCCAACCAGUCAGCCUGCCAGCUUGAUAUCUAUGAUCCUCAUGAGGAGGGGAUGGGUGGAUCCGAGUAGGAAGAUCAUCUUACCGGCGUUAUGGCUGAGGCUGCUGCUCUGAGUGCGCCAGUCCCCCGGGAUGUCCAAUACUUGAUCAUUGGAGGCGGAUUGGCGGGGUUGGCUGCGGCUAACUACCUGACCCAAAACGGCCAUCAUAAUUUCCUGUUGUUAGAAGCCCGCAAAAGACUCGGCGGAAGAGUCAUGACCCUGGAAAUGGGCGGCUGUCCGGCGGAAUUGGGGGCUAGUUAUGUGCAUGGCAUUCUGGGCAAUCCUUUGUACAAGUUGGCCAUUGCCAAUGGCUUGGUGGACGUCACGCAAGCCCCCAAGCCUCAUAAAGUGGCGGCAGUUACCGAGGGGGGGAAAAGGGUACCCUUUGCCGUGCUCCAAGAAGUGUAUGAAGCUUACUAUUGGUUCUUCAAGCGAUGCGAAGAGUACUUUUCCUGCAAAUACAAGCCUCCCGAAGGCGUCCAAUCCGUAGGCGAGCAUGUCGAGUUGGAAAUUGGUUUGUUCCUUCAACGGUUUCCACCGGAUCAGAAACGUGUUCGUCGAUUGAUAUUCGACUAUCUCCUCAAGCGAGAAUGCUGCAUUACAGGCUGCGAUCAAAUGAGUUCAGUUGAUCUGGUGGGUAUUGGCAGCUAUGUCGAGUUACCGGGGGGGAAUGUGACCUUACCUAGAGGAUACUCGAGUAUUUUACACCCGGUGGUUAGGGCCAUACCCAAAGAAUCCAUACUUUUGGGCCACGUAGUGAAAUCGAUUAAUUGGAACGAAGGCGAUGAAAGAUCAAGCCAGUCAAAUGCCUCGGCCGUCAACGUUUUGUGCGAUAAUGGGGCCGAAUUUCGUGCCCAACAUGUGAUAUGUGCUGUGCCAUUAGGAGUGCUAAAAGCUCAGUCAGAUUUGUUCUCGCCUCCCCUACCCAAUGUCAAAGUGGAGGCCAUGAAAAAACUCAAUUUUGGUGUGGUGAACAAGAUAUUCUUGGAGUGGGAUGCUCCUUUUCUGACGCCUGAGAUCUCUGAGGUCAUUUUGCUGUGGGAAACUAUCGAUGAGACUCGAAUUUCUCUCAAAGAUCGUUGGUAUCGAAAGUUGUACUCUUUCUGUAAAGUCAGUGAGGUGCUCUUUGUGUCGUGGAUUUCGGGAGAUGAGGCCCGAUUUAUGGAAUCGCUUAACGUGAAAGAAAUUGCAGAUACCUGCUUGAAAAUCCUUCGAAAGUUUUUGAACGAUCCCAGUGUGCCCAAACCAAAAUCGUGCAUUUACACCGCGUGGAAUACUCAAGCCUUUUCUCGCGGCUCAUACACCUCCAUUGGAGUUGGUGGACAACAGAUGGACAUCGAAACCUUAAGUUCACCUUUAUUGGCUCCCGGGUCAGAAGGCAAAAAACCCGUUGUUGCUUUUGCUGGCGAACAUUGCCAUUCCACGUUUUAUUCAACGGGACACGGGGCGUUUUUGUCGGGUCUGACAGCCGCACAACAGGUGUCUUCUUACAAUGACUGUUCCGUUGGAGUUUCGCUGUCCAGACAAUCCAAUCCUGACAUGAAGACGGCAAGCAUAUCCGAUCUUUCAUCUUUGUUAGGAAACCUGGAUGUGAGUGGAAAUCCUAAUUCCCGAGGCAAACGGGAUGAUGGUGGCUUUCCAACGCCCCGAUGAAGUUCAGACUUUAAUUCAAGUUUUCUAGUCACGAGUAAUUUUCGCGAAAUCUCAUUUCUCGUUAAAUAAAUUUCACCAAUACCGCUUCGAAAAAGAUAAAAA